UCUAGCGUAAAACAUCAGAACCGGGUCCGCUACUUAUUUUACGGCAUAAUACGUGUACUUGGUCUAUUCAACUGUAAAUCUCUCCAGUGCUUCAAUUUUGUAAGAAAUAAGCAGGGUUUGAUGGUUACUUGUACUAGUUGUAGACAGCAAGAACAAACUACUUGGAUUAGUAGUAGCAGCGCCGGUGGCCAGACACAGUCACACUCACAGUCUACUUGUUCCGUCCUAGCGGUCUAUUUGUACAAGAUUCGUAUCCUUGACCUAAGCCAAGGACGACUGAGCAUGGCAUUUCUGAAACGAGUCGGUGGUGGCUUGCCACGCAUGACAAUGGCAGCAGUGCGGCAGCAUCACUGUGAGAGCAAUGCAAUCAAGACAGUCACGCUGAACAAUGGAGCCAAAAUGCCAAUGAUUGGUAUUGGAACGUGGUUGGCGAGACCAGGAGAAGUUCAUGCUGCCAUAGCUGAAGCUCUGAAAAUAGGCUACAACCAUGUUGACUGCGCCCAUGUCUAUUAUAAUGAAGAGGAGGUCGGUGCAGCGCUCGAGAUGGCCUUCUCCUCAGGCUACAUCAAGCGAGAAGACCUCUGGAUCACGAGCAAAUUAUGGUGUGCUGACUUUGCACCCGACGAUGUUCUGCGGGCAUGUGAGCGAACGCUGAAAGACCUGCGUGUCGAUCACCUUGACCUUUACCUGAUGCAUUGGCCAAUCAGAAUACGGAAAGGUGCUGCUCAGCCAGGACAGAUUGAUCCGUCGGACCAGCUGGGCUACUCUCGUGACAUGGUGGUCGAAACAUGGCGGGAGAUGGAGAAGCUUGUAGAGCGUGGCCUGGUACGCGCCAUUGGCGUGUCAAACUUCACGGAGCGAAAGCUGUUCAACUUCCUUGAGGACAUCAAAACAAAGCCAGCCGUUCAUCAAGUCGAGUGCCACCCAUACUUUCAACAGCGAAAGAUGAAGGAAUUCUGCAAGAAAUCAGGCAUCCAGUUCCAAUCCUAUUCCCCGCUCGGUGCACCGGAGAGACCGCCGCGUAAUCGCGAGGCCAAUGCACCGCUUGUGAUGGCCGACCCAGCACUGAAGGAGAUUGCUGCCAAGCACAGCUGCUCAGUUGCCCAGGUGGCCAUCGCCUGGCAGUACCAGAGUGGAGUUCCACUGCUCGUCAAGUCCGUACACGCAGAACGCAUAGCUCAGAACCUGGCCGCCAAGGACAUCCACUUGGAAGAGGGAGACAUGGCGGCCAUCGAUGCUCUGGACCGUAACGCUCGCCUGCUGUUUGGGCGCUUUGGCUACAAGGCCAACCAGACGGUCGAGGACUUCUGGGAUGGUGAGAAUAUCAAGCCCAACAGCCUCGCCUGAUGUGAUCCGGUCACCCCCCAGGACCAUGGCUCACACAGAGGAGCUGACUCGACAACAGGCUUGUAACAGAAUGACCAUGUAAAGCGUGCAUCUGUAAUUCGAUUUUUGGUUGCUAGCUCCUACAUUGGGCCUAUUUCCGAUGCAGAAUUUAAAUUGACAAUUCACUAUUUUUCUUUUUUUCCCAAAAUACUAUAAUUAUUUUUUCUAAAAUUCUUUAAAAAACGGCUCAAAGUUUCCUUGAUACUGUGUAUGUAACCAAAUAACAAACAUGUGCGAGGCAUUCAAAUAAAAUAGUAUAGAUGGAUAAGAGAGAAAGCUUUAUGUUCUAGUGCAGUAGCAUAUUUGUUGUCAAGGUGAAACGGCUUAUGUUUCUUCAAGGGAACAAUGAACGUAUUUAAAAACCUGAAUGACUGACUAUUCA